AUGUCCGAACCCAUUCGCAAUAAGAAGCUAGACUCCAUGACUGCUCCAACACCGCAGAACACGCCCGCAAAUGCCGCUCCUAUAUCGUCUCGCGCUCAGCAGCCCGGUGUGGCAAGUAUCAAGGAGGAGGAAAUGGAGCGCGCUGCUGCCGGGCUCUUCGCUGCAAACCCCGCCCUCGUCUCUAUGAUGCAGGCCAAACUCGGUACUUUGGUUGGCCGUCCAAGCGGCUACAUUGAGUCCCUCCCCGCCUCGGUUCGUCGUCGCGUUGCCGGCCUGAAGGGCAUCCAGAAGGACCACUCCAAGCUCGAGGCCGAGUUCCAGGAGGAGGUCUUGCAGUUGGAGAAGAAGUACUUCGCCAAGUUCACACCGCUCUACGAGACUCGUGCGAAGAUCGUCAACGGAGCCAGCGAGCCUACCGAGGAACAGGUCAAGGUCGGCGAGACUAAGGACGAGGAUGAUGAUGAUGAGGAGGAGGCUCCAAAGGAAGAAGUCAACGAGGAUGCUGGCACCAAUGUCAAGGGUAUCCCAGAGUUCUGGCUGAGCGCCAUGAAGAAUCAGAUCUCACUCGCAGAGAUGAUCACCGACCGGGACGAGGGCGCACUCAAACAUCUCACCGACAUCCGGAUGGAGUACCUCGACCGACCGGGUUUCCGCCUCAUCUUUGAGUUCGAGGACAAUGAGCACUUCACCAACAAGACCAUCACCAAGACAUACUUCUACCAAGAGGAGAAUGGCUACGGUGGUGAUUUUAUCUACGACCAUGCCGAGGGUGACAAGAUCAACUGGAAAGAGGGCAAAGACCUGACCGUGCGCGUUGAGAGCAAGAAGCAGCGGAACAAGAACACUAAGCAGACCCGGAUCGUCAAGAAGACCGUCCCGACCGAGUCCUUCUUUAAUUUCUUCGACCCGCCUAAGCCCCCGACUGACGAGGAUGACGCGACCUCGGACAUCGAGGAGCGUCUCGAGCUCGAUUACCAGCUGGGUGAGGACAUCAAGGAGAAGCUUAUCCCGCGCGCAAUCGACUGGUUCACCGGCGAGGCUCUUCAAUACGAGAAUAUUGAAGACUUCGAUGAGGGUGAGUUUGAGGAUGAGGACGAUGAGGAGGAUGACGACCUCAGCGAUGACCGGGAUGAGGACGAGGAGUCGGAUGAAGAGAACGAUGGCACAAAACCAAAGCAGGAGGCUGCUGAGUGCAAGCAGAGCUGA